AUGGGUGUCACCGGCCUCUGGACGGUUGUGCAGCCGUGCGCUCGCCCCAUCAAACUCGAGACGCUCAACAAGAAACGACUAGCUGUCGACGCGUCGAUCUGGAUCUAUCAAUUCUUGAAAGCGGUGCGAGACAAAGAAGGCAAUGCGCUCCGAAAUUCUCAUAUCGUUGGAUUCUUUCGCCGCAUAUGCAAGCUGCUGUAUUUCGGGAUCCGGCCUGUCUUCGUCUUCGAUGGCGGGGCCCCGGUCAUGAAAAGGCAGACGAUCGCUGGCCGAAAGAAGAAACGCGAGGGUCACAGAGAAGAUGCUGCGAGGACCGCGGGGAAGUUGCUCGCCGUACAAAUGCAACGUAGUGCGGAGGAGGAGGACGCUCGUCGGCGCAAUAAGAGCCAGAGACAAGAGGAGGAAGAGGUGCCAGAUGCUCCAGUCUACGCAGACGAGGCUUUUAUGACAGAGGCAGAAAAGCAACAAAGUCGCAAGUUCAAGAAGAAGGAUGCCUACCACCUACCUAACCUGGACGUCUCACUUCAAGAUAUGGGAGCACCAAAUGAUCCACGCAUAAUGUCCCAGGAGGAAUUGGAGGAAUAUGCUAGACAGUUCCACCAGGGCCAAGAUAUCAACCUUUACGAUUUUUCAAAAAUCGAUUUUGACAGCACGUUUUUCCUUAGUCUGCCCCCCACUGAUCGCUACAACAUCUUGAACGCAGCGAGGCUAAGGAGCCGACUUCGAAUGGGCUAUUCGAAAGAGCAGCUAGAUACCAUGUUUCCCGACCGCAUGGCAUUCUCCAAGUUUCAAAUUGACCGUGUCGCAGAACGUAAUGACCUUACGCAACGAUUAAUGAAUAUAAACGGCAUGAAUGGAGACGAAGCUCUCUACAAAUCUGGGCAGCGUAUCGCAGGAGAACGUGGCAAGGAAUACGUGCUAGUCAAGGAUCGCGAACAUGAAGGUGGCUGGGUCCUAGGCGUUGUGGGAAACAGGGAAGGCCACGAGGAAAAGCCCAUCGAUCUAGAUCGACCUGAGAUACUAUCUGAUGAGGACGAGGUGUCGGACGAGGAUGACUUCGAGGACGUUCCAAUCGAAGGUCUGAACCGACUUCCCAAACUUCCUUUCCUCCAAGAGGGUGUAUUCGACCGGUCGCUUCAACUUGAAACGGAUGAAAAUUUAGACAUGAGAAGGGCUAUACAAGAAUCGCUUCAUGCUUCACAGCGACAAUCAGUGAACGAAUAUCGUGUACAAGAGGUUGAAAAUGACUCGCUUUUUGUUGAAGCUGAGGAAAAUCUCGGCGCACAGCAGCAGAACGACCCUGAUGAUUUCUUUGACGGCGACGACGACGACCUCGAACGAGCUAUCGCCCUUUCGUUACAACCAAAUAAAGCAGUCGAUGACGAAGAUAAGCCUGAUAUACCCAUCACUGGACCGGUCGAACCAGCUCCUUAUCAUCAGGUGGUACCUGAUCCUGAUUCCGAGAGCGAUGAUGGAAUGGACUUUGCUGCUGCCAUAGCAAGAACAAAGGUCUCGAAGAAAGCCUCAUAUGCACCAAAUCCAUUCGGUGGUCCUCUCCCUUUUGAAUCUAUCAAACUCACUAAAGUCACGAAAGAUAAUGAUAAAGCUGGCGAGGUGGGUGAGAAUGCAGGGGGCUUCGUGAAGGAGCCUACAAAGAAACCAAAACAGACCGACCCACUGCCUCCAUGGUUUGUUGGUGAGCCCUCAGAUGCGGGAUUCAUCGUUGAUCCCGUUGAAGAUCCUGAAAAGGAUGAUGAGAAACCUGCGGCGCCAGAUCAUCUGUUCCUGUCCAAUCGUCGCUCGCCGGACAUUAUCGAUGUAGACGAAAUUUCCGCCACCAAGGAAGUUGUUGAUCUAGAGCAGGAGGAAGAGGAGGAAGUGGAGGAGGAAGAGAAAUCCAAACAACUUGAAAGAGUGGAGGACAUUGAAAGGAUUUACAAUGAGAUUUCUACAACUCUGGAUGAGAAGCCUUCGAGUGAACCAGCUCCAGCCUCGAUCAAUGCAAAGCUUGAUGAGCCGUCCCCACGCAGAGAACAUCCUUCUCCGCCAGAAUUCGAAGAUAUUGUCCCUCGGGUGCCCACCCAAGGCCCUGAGAUCACUGUUGUACCCCAUCAAACGGCCCAGCCUCAGGCUCAGCUCUUCGAAGAGGUCGACCGAGUGGAAAAUUUCGUGCAGGACCAAGCGGACUACAGUGACCCGGAGGAUGAAGAGCUGUUCAAGCAGCUUGCGGCUGAGGGCGAGGAGCAUGCGCGAUUUGCCAAUACUCUUAAUUCUGCUGCCCCUACCCAGGAAGCCUUUGACUACGAGCAAGAGCUGAAGCAACUACGGUCUCAGCAGAGAAACGAGCGUCGCGAUGCAGACGAGGUGACCACUAUUAUGAUCAAUGAGUGCCAACAGCUCUUGACGCUCUUCGGAUUACCCUACAUCACCGCGCCUAUGGAAGCCGAAGCGCAGUGCGCCAAAUUGGUAUCGCUAGGUCUUGUGGACGGGAUUGUCACGGAUGACAGUGAUAUCUUCCUCUUUGGGGGAACGCGAAUCUACAAGAACAUGUUCAAUCAAAGUAAAUUCGUCGAGUGCUACUUGACAUCCGACCUGGAGAAGGAGUACGCCCUCCAUCGACAGAAGCUUAUUAGCUUUGCCCACCUGUUGGGCAGCGAUUACACAGAGGGAAUUCCCGGGAUUGGUCCUGUCACAGCCCUAGAGAUACUCACCGAGUUUUCCAGCCUCGAAGAGUUCCGCGAUUGGUGGACUCAAUUGCAAACGGGUGCGAAUAAUGCAGAAGAUGCUCACUUUGCCUUCCGAAAGAAAUUUCGAAAGAAGGCAUCCAAGAUCUUCCUGCCUCCUUCAUUCCCUGAUACCAAAGUUGACGAGGCAUACCUGGAACCCACGGUCGACGACGACCCUUCCCAAUUCCAAUGGGGUGUCCCUGAUUUGAAUGGGUUACGAACCUUCCUCAUGACCACAAUCGGCUGGAGCCAGGAGCGAACGGACGAAGUCCUGGUACCGGUCAUUCGCGACAUGAAUCGGCGAGACCAGGAAGGCACACAGUCCAACAUCACACAAUUCAUGCAAGGUCCACAGGGAGCGGGUGCAUUUGCGCCUCGCCUUCGUACAGGUGGACCCAGCCGCAUGGAAAAGGCAUUUAGUCGACUACGUCAGGAAGCUCAGACAGGCGGAACCUCGCGAUCCUGCGAGCCAGCCCUUGGGGAUGGAGAAGGAGAAGAAGAAGAAGAAGCCUCUGUUUCGCAAAUUAAAGGAAAAAGAGGUGGCUCAAACACCAAAGCCAAGGCUGGAACAAAUAAGAAGCGAAAGACCCAUUGCGCCAACUCUCCUGAGUCAUGA